CUUUUGUUUUUAUCUAUCUCACCUUACUGUCUUGUAUUGAAGGGUUUAUGUCAGCCCUUGAAGCUUUCGUAAACGAACAAAAAAAGAAAGCUAACACGACUGGCAUAAGUGGUGGGCUUGGAUCGGCGUCCUUCAGUUCUUUCAGCGAUUUAAGGAGCAAACUAUCGUCCUCUUUGAGCGGCCUUCCUCUCCUCUCGCGUUCGGAAACGGCAGAUUCUCAACCACUGACUGAUGAAGCGAGCGUAGACGGACAAUUGCCCAAUGCAAAGAACAGAAAAAAUGGAGGGUGGUUCUCAUCUGGUGAUGAGAGCUUUUUUGGGAUGUCACGGACACAGCGCAUAUUCGCUUUCUUUCUUUCAUUACUGGGUGCACUCUUCUGUUUCUCAACGGCCGUUGUACUCAUCCCUGUGAUUAUCGUAUCCACACGAAAAUUUGCUGCCCUCAAUACGCUUGGUAGCGUGUUGCUUCUGAUGAGCUUUGCCUUCCUUUGGGGACCAACGGCUUAUCUACAACAUCUGAUGUCAGCACAGAGACGUCUUGUUACCGUAUGCUAUAUGUCCGCACUAUUCGCCACUCUCUACUCUUCACUAUGGCUUCAAAGCACACUGUUCACUCUCAUCGCCGCCAUCUUCCAAGGUUUCUCUUUGAUUUGGUUCAUCCUUUCGUACGUACCCGGAGGAGAGCGAGGUCUUCGCUUCCUGACAUCCUUGUGCACGGGCUUUUUGAAGAAAUCUCCAAAAACUGUGUUACCUAUUUAGUAUUUAUACGCAGCUGUGUAGAAAGUCAUAUAGUCACCACAUAUCUAUUGUUUUUCAUUCUAUAUUCCUCUUUUAAGAAAGCUCCUCAACAGAAGUGUGUCUUUUCUGUUAUAUUGAAAUUUUCAUCUAUUGUGCAGACAUCGUAGCUUGAGUUUCCGUACCAAGCAUCGAGUUCAUCACUGUUCCAUCUCUACAAUCAUUGUCUUAGCCAUCGAAGCGCAAGCUUACUCACCCACUCAUCAUUUAUGCAAUUCCUCCUUGUGAUGUGCGGUUAUCUGGUUUUGAAUUGUGAUUCUAACAUGGGUCAGAUAUUUGCAUAAAUUGAAUGC